UUUAUUUUGAAACACAAUUUCGAAGAAAAAAGAUUAUUUUGUUGUUUAUAUGUUAUGUAUUUUGCAAAUAAUUUGUGUCGCUAAUUGGAUAAGAAGUUAAAAUCGAAAAAAAAUAAAAAAAAAAUAAAAAAUCCUGAAAAUUUUGUGAAUCAAGUAAAAGUAUCCAUAAAAUGGGCUUACAAAAGCAAUACCUAAGAUAUGGACGUACGGCUCGGGAUCGUUUAUUAGGCUGGUUGGGUAUAUCAACUAGGACAGAAAAUCGCGUCGAUAAUUUAACACAAGUGAAUACAUCGACCCCAAUUAUCGUGGCAGGCCGCGAGAGUUUAAAUGCUAGCCUUAAUACUACUCCUACAACUACCACAAAUAAUGCAAACCAGCCUCGUCGCUCUAAUCAAACGUCUCACAGAAAUCGAACAACGCCAUUGUCUAUGUUAAUUUCACAAGGAGCUAAAUUAAGUAACAAUAGACUAGCUGUGAUAAUUAUUGGUAUAGUUACAGUAAUUUUAGGCAUACUUUUAACCACAAUACCAUGGCUAGAUUAUUUUAUAUUACAGAAUUUAAGGCUGUGGAAUAAUACUUUAAGUUAUCAUUAUUGGCAAAGGCCGGGUGUGAUACGUUUAACCAAGGUUUAUAUAUUUAAUGUAACAAAUCCCGACGGUUUUCUAAAUGGUGAAAAACCCAGACUACAGGAAGUGGGACCGUUUGUGUACAGAGAAGAUAUGCAAAAAGUGAAUGUUAAAUUUCAUGAUAACUUUACGGUAUCAUAUCAGCAUAAGAAAAUACUUGAAUUUGUUCCUGAGCUGAGUAUCGAUAAGAAUACUCCGAUAGUGACACCAAAUAUACCUCUAUUGACUCUUACCAGUUUAAGUCCAAAAUUGGGUUAUGUUCUAUCAAAAACGAUAUCAGUUAUUUUGACAGCAGCAAAAUUUAAACCUUUUAUUAAUGUAACUGCUGAUCAAUUAGUUUUCGGUUACGAUGAUCCUUUAGUAGCUUUAGCUCAUCGUUUCUAUCCAAAACAUAUACGACCCAUGGAACGAAUGGGUCUAUUAUUAGCACGUAAUGGCACACUAACGGAAGUUUCUACCAUCAAAACUGGUCACAAUGGAAUGAAUGAAUUUGGUUAUAUAGAGCGUUUGAACGGUUUAGAUUAUUUACCGCACUGGAAACAGAGGCCAUGUACUAGCAUCACUGGAUCGGAGGGUUCGUUUUUUCCACCCCGCGAUAUAACCAAAUCGGAUAUAGUUUAUAUUUAUGAUAAGGAUUUAUGCAGAGUAAUACCUUUAAAAUAUUCGCAUGGCAUAAAAAAGGACGGCAUCCAUGCGGAUCUUUAUUAUUUACCAGAAGAUUCUUACGGUGAUUCGCAGCAUAAUUUGGAAAAUCGUUGUUUUGACGCACGUGAUUACAAACCAAUAAAAGGCUUACAAAAUAUUUCACCUUGCCAGUAUGGCGCGCCGGUGUAUCUAUCUAAUCCGCAUUUUUAUCAAGCCGAUACUCAAUUAUUAGAAACGGUUGAGGGCUUAAAACCACGCAAAGAACGUCAUCAAACCUAUUUUAAAAUACAACCGAAAUUAGGUGUACCACUGGAAGGCCAAGUACGUAUACAACUUAAUUUAAGAGUUACGCAAGCGAAGGAUGUCUUUGCGGUACGAAAUUUUCGCACCUUCAAUUUUCCGAUAAUGUGGUUGGAAGAAGGCGUUUCCGAAUUAACGCCCGUUAUAAGACGUUGGAUUUACUUAGCCACCGUUUUUGCUCCCACCAUAAUACCCAUAACAUCGUAUCUUAUGAUUUUAGGAGGGGCUUUCGCUAUAAUGUAUACUUUUGUGAGAGUCUAUCAAAACUAUGUCUUUGCUCGCGAUCCAACUCUCGAAAUAUUAGAAAUGGGACGACGUUCUUUGCGACGUGGCAGCGGUUUUAUAGCUCAACAGCAACAUAAGUUAAUGCAUCGUGACAGUUACAUUUUACUUAAAACGGGAUCAAAUGUACUGAUUAAUGACGAUGCUGACCAAGAUGAUAGCUCAUAGUAUUUUUUUAAAUAUGUUAAUAACAAAGUUCAACAAAUUUUAAUUAUAGUUAAUAAUGUGGUUAAGUUAUUUAUAUGGAUUAGAAUAACAACAACAUAUUGUGAUCUUUUCAUAUACUUUAUAUUAAGGUUUUAAUUCGUCUUAAGUUUAGUAAUAACGCAAAGAAAGCCAAGAAUUUACUUAAGUUUAUAUUUCUAACUCCACCAUCAUCGGAAGGAAUUUUAAUUCUCAUCAAUUAUUAAUAAUGCAUCAUUUACUCAUACUAAAGCAUAUAUGUAUAUGUAUGUAUAUACAACGAUUUAGAUCUUUACCAAAAUCCUUUAGAUCGGUUAUCAUAAACACGGCCCAUCAUUAAAUACCCUCUAUCAUACCCUACAGCUAGCAAUAUAAUGUAACGAUUUUUCGCAAUAAGGCGUUAUAUACGGGAAGUGAUCGAAAAAAAGUGUUCCGAUCGAAAUCAUUUUCAAUAGCGUU